UCCAACGCAAAACGUGUAGCCCACUAAUUUGUGAUAGCGCCCUCUAGUGGCAUAAUAAAAUAUAGUCUGGUCACGUCCACGCAUUACAAAGAUUAAUGAGAAGCAAGAGAUAAUCGCGGCGGUGAAUUGACAUGAACAAUUGUUUGGACUCCCAAAGUGAUCACCCCUACGUGUAAAAUGCACUGCUCCAAAACACUCAGAAUUGAAUUUCAUAUGUACUGUACAUAGACCGGGCCUAGUACCUCGGGGCCGGGGAAAUGGGUUAACGUUUCGUCCAACUUGGCGUCAGAAAUGUAGGAACUGAACUGGGCAUAAAAAGAGGAGACGAAAACUUGGAAGUGACAAGUACUGGUCUUCCAGUUAACGUAUGCAGAAUUCUCUGCCCUAGUCCCAUCAUGGCUACCAUCAUCCGUCCAUUGUCCGUGGCUGUCCAAGUCUUUCCUGAACUGACCAGCGAGGGCACCAUUCGUCAUGUCUGCUGACUUACUGAGGCAUAGCCCUAGGCAAGGCCCAAGGCCAGCCCAUGUGAGGGCGCUAUCUUCAGCCCCACAGUCUGACCGUCCAUCCUCAGCAAACAGUGACUCCUCUGGAAGUACCGUGAGCAGUGCAAGCUCUACCAACUCCUAUCGUAACCGCACCCUUCUCAAGACAUACCACGACUUUGCUAUGCAAAUCUUCAAUCCCGGCCAUGCCCAAGAUGUUGAGAAUCUUUUCCUGGCUGCUGCUCGAGAUGGAGACUUGGAACGAGUUGAGAAUUUCCUUCGCAGGAGAAGCAGUGAGAUUGUGAAUAUCGAUGUGAAGGAAAAACGAACAGGUAACACUCCAAUCAUAUGGGCUGCCAAGAACGGACACCUGAAGAUUGUUCAACUUCUCCUGAAAUAUGGUGCUGACAUCACCAUCCGUAACUAUGACAACGAAACGGCGAUGGAGGUUGCUAAGCCAGGUAUUCGUACAGCAUUGCUGCAGUCAGUUGAGAGGACUGGGUGUUCUCCAAGGCAUCUAUUGCAAGCGGCAUGGCAGGGGAACAUUGAUGUAGUCCAACGAUUAUUAAAUGAGAGUAAAGUGCUGGACAUCAACUGUCGUAAUGCUGAUGGAUACACACCGUUGCUGUUGGUUACCAGGGAUGUAGAUCUUUUUGAGCAGAUCGGUGCUGCCCUUGAGGAUUACAACCCACAGGCUGUAGUACGUGAGCUGUUGGCUCAUCGAGCUGACGUGACUACUCAUGACGCUGAAGGAAGAACACCGCUACACUUUGCUGCUGCAUCAAAAGCCAAGGUAUCCGAGGAGAUUGCUUUGGUUCUGAUGAGUGAUCCAUCCAUCUUAGAGAUGAGAGAUCGGAGGUCAUUAGCACCGAUCCAUUCAGCAUCACAGAGUGGUCAAGUAGAGGUACUUGUAGCUUUGUUGGACAGUGGAGCUGAUGUCAAUGCAAGGGGAUUUGCAGGAGCCACGCCCCUUCAUAUAUCGGCCUGUGCUGGUCAGUUACAAGCAGCUACAAAGUUGUUGAAUCAUGGUGCGGACGUGACACUAGUUGAUGACAGCGGAAAUACUCCGGUUGAUGUGGCUAAGACCAAGAAGCUGAAACAUGCUCUAAAAGAAGCAUGGACAGAGGCUACUCAAGCAAAACGAGACUUGGUAUUAACACCAGUCAAACCUCCAUCCCGUGUGGCUGAGCAUCACGGGUUAAUGGCAGAGGAGCGAUUGAUGCAAGAAUCUAUUGGAAGUACUCCAAGGCCUGGAUCAUCAUGUAACUUCACACCUGAAAAGCGUAUCAUUCAUAAGAUGACGGAGGCACACAAAGCAAUGCUAGCAGAGGAACAAAUGCUCCGAGAUAUUGAAAGUGGUCGUUUCACUCCAAGUUCGUGUCCUCGUAAGCUUGGUCUUCCAAGAGCCUCUUCAAGAAACAGUACAUCAUCAGGCAAGUUACCAAUUCCUCCCAAGACUCCCAGAGUCUUGGACCAUGGAUUUAAUUCCUCAUCACCUGCUGGGUCUCCAGAGAAGAACAAGAAGACCAGACCCCUGCUAGGUGGUCGAACUCGCACCCUUACUGUACCAAGCGGAGAAAGCACCAUCGACAUUAGGAACCAGAGGGCCAGGGCACAUGCCAAAGUUAAUCAGAGAAAUUCUGAUCCUGUUGUUUCCAAGGUAACAACAGACAUGCCUCAGGUUCCAGUGACGGUGGUUGGGCUUGACUUAGAUGACAACCUGAGAGAUAUCAGGUUUCGAAGGUUAGUUUCUGGGCCAAUAAGUCCCUAUCUUGAACGACGUCGUAGUCAUGACAAAGGAGAUGGUGUUAAUCCAACACCACCCACAGAGAGGCGACCUUCUGCUGGAAGCAGGGGCUCAACUCCUAGCUUGCAAGAUCUCACAGGUGCUUGUGUGGAUCUUAUUAAGAAAGGAGUGAAAUAUCACAGAUCAGUUGGAAGCUCGAGCAGCACAAUAAGCUUGGAUGAUGAGUCUAGUACCCAGCCUCCAAGGAGAGUUCCUCUCCGAGCCAAUACAUGUAUGCAGAUACAUCAUCUUAAUUUAGAACAAAUGCAUCUUCGUCUGGGCACGCCAAGUCCUUCAUUGGACCCAACGCAGCUCUUUAAUCCAACGUCACGCAAUGUCAUGCCUCUCUCGCCUUCACACUACUCCGAGAAUAUCCAGGCAACCAUUUUCGAGUUUGACAAUGAAGAUGAAGGAGCUGAAGAUGGACAUUCACAGGUUCUGUUCAGCAAUUCUCCAAACUUGGAAUGGAAAGGAGAGAGUAAAUCGAACAAUGAACAUUUGACAUUGAUGAGAUCCAAGUCAAUUCUUAAUCAUUCCAAACCCUUUAGCAUCGAAAAUACCCGCGUCAUGGACCCAAGCAAAGACGUUUCUACAGACUCAGGUCAGGGGUCCAGAACGUCUUACAGUGUCUCCUCUUCAGCUAGUACCCUCUCAACCCCAAGUCCUCUCCAGCCUAGAGCUGAUAAGGAGAUGCCUUUGGUUAAAAGUCUUGUCACCAAUCGUCUUGGCGUUAAAAUGACACCAAAUGCAACAAAUGUCAAAGAAUCUCCUGUCAAAACAAGGACUGCAAACCCAGUCACCAAACGUCCUUGUAAUGUGAACUCUGCAGUGACAAAGCAAAUAGACACAAAGGCUUCGACAGAGAUACCACUUCAUUCGGCCAAAACAUUAGUGGUGGAAAACUCGGACACAGUUCCUGCAUCUGUGGCAAAGAAACAACAGUCACAAACAAAAGGUCCAGAGAAGUGGUCAUCAAAAUCCUGUGGUACAAACUUUGCAAACAAAGAUGGAAAGAUAAACUCCAAAUUCUCUCCCAACUUGAGUGCAACUGUCCACAGCAGUAUGAGUAGUGUACAAGAAGCAGAGAUAGAAGCAAAGUCAGGAAGUGUAGCCUCCGCUGGACAAGCAGAUACAAAAAGCAAGUCUACAGUGACUAGUGACAAGGCACAGUCGUCUCAUCAGACAGCAGUUUCAUCUUCUUUAAAUAAUUCCAAACAACCAGUUGGUGAUGGAAAGAAACAUAAAACAGCAUUUGGUUCUCAAUCCAAAAAAGAUCAACCCGGGAAACAAACCAAAAGUACUUCAAAACCCACAGGAAAUGAAGUACAGAGUUUGAGUGCAAACAGAAAGGGGUCCAACUCCAUUCUGUUUGUUAAUACAAAGCCAGCAUCCAGUUCAGAUUACGGUCACUGUUCUUCGAGAACAACAGCUGCAGGAGGACAGAAUGUUCAUGAAACAGCUGUCAACAAGGCCGACGGUCAAUUCAUGGCCAGUAGUGAUGAUGUCACAAAUACUGCAGUCACCCAGUGCAAAACUGCAGAAACAGAAUUGCUCUUUGGAAGGUUAAAUGGUCAAAGGUCAAGCAAGAAAAGUGCUAACGUUACAUCUGACCCUGGUACCCAAAAGACGGAACAGAAAGCUAGUAAUGUCAAGACAGCCACCAACUUUAAAAGUAAGAGUGUCGGCAAAUCGCAAGCAGGGACAGAUCAGAUAAGCAAACCACCAAGACAGGCAAACAAACAGGGUAAAUCAUUAUCCCCUCAGAAGAUAUCAGCUCAAAAUGUUGAUCAAACAAUCAACAAAACGCUGCCUGUCUCUAGCUCUGGUGAAAUGCCAAAGGUUAGUCCAAGACCUGGAUACUGUCAGGGCUCAAAAUCACCAGCAGGAUCAUUAGAAAAAGCAUCACCAAGACUUCAGACCUCUAAGGGAGAACCAUCACUCUCAAAAAGCUUUGGUUCAGGCUCUUCUCAGGUAAAGACAGAAUUGAGAAAUAUGUUGAAAGUUCAAGAAGGCACUGACACAAAUACAAGACAGCCUCUUUCAUCUGAUGAAGGUGUUGGUUUGGAGUUGGAAGAACCGACUGACAAGGAUAAAGUCCAUUCAAGUGAUGAGAAACAGACAGUACCCUUUCAGAAAACUAAAUUUCAUUCUCAAGAGGCAGAGGCUGAGAAAAACAAACAUGAUGAUUCUCAUAAUGUUGGAGGAAAAAAAUCUCCAGUCAUCGAAAUGUUUCCAAGUAGUCAGACAUUGAUGAAGGGACAAAACGGCAUAGAGAAAAAAGACAAAGAUGGUAUAAGACCCAAGACAGGUGGAAGCAAAUCGGAUUCAGUAGAAAGUAUCGAAGAAGUUUAUGAAGAGGUUGUCUUUGUCUCUGAUGAAGAAAAAGAACGGAAACUCUUUAAGGUUGAAACAGAACCAUCUCAAGACACCGUCAAGAUUAAUAUUAAAGAAGUGGAUAUGUUUAAAGAGACAAAGAUACUGAAGCAGAAAAAGGUUGCUAGGAAGACAGCAGGACGAAUCAUCCCAGCUGUGAAAUCUCAGCCAAAGAGCGACUCUGAAAACAAAAUUGGAGGUGCAACCAAGUCUGCUCUCACUGCCGUUGGGAAAUCUAUGUCUGAUAUUAAGCUUCAAACCCAAAAACCUCCAUUAACCCCACAGAGUAGAGGAACCGUUCAUGACAGAACUGAAGAAAAAGAUCUCUCUGGAAAGACAAAGAAAAUUCCCAACCCUGUAAGUCCAAAAUUUCCUAGCACCAGUCUUUCUAAAUUCCACUGGUCUAAAUUUAAGUCACCAGAAGUGUCCCCACGAAGCGAUUCAUCCGUAGAUGCCCCACAUGACCCGCGGAUCAUCAAAGAACACACCCCUGUCAUCCGUGAUGUCAUAGAACUUAUGCAAAUGGGACCACUGCAACCUGGGCCAACACCGAUACCGUGGAAACCUAGAGAGAAGAUCUCAUCAACAAGCAGCUGUCCAAAUCCUAUUAAGCCUAGUUCUCUUGUCAAGACAAGGCGACGGAUUGCAAGCACCAAGGAACUACCAAGAAAAUCCUCUGUGAAAGGAAGUCUCCGAAAGAUAGCCAUCAUGGGUCAAAAUGCACAGAAAGGAAAGGCAGGCAGACCUGGAAGUGGAGGCAAAUCACGCCAGAAGGGGAAAAAGAAACAAGAACCUGAUGCUAUCAGCUCACAGAAGAAAGGAAAAUUGAGACCACUCAUGAAAACCAAGGGUAAGAAUCUCAAACUAGACAAGCUACACCUGCUAAGUGAGGUUGACUCCUCUACCAAAGCUUUCAUUACUGGUCAGGGAUGGCACAUUCAGACAGAGAAGAAUGAGACAUCAGAUGUCAUCAUCCAUGAUCGGUCAGCUCUCGACAGCUCUUGUGACUCCUCAGUACAUUCCGGUGAUGCUCCGUUGGGUCAUGAUGGAAGUCCUAAACUCAGCCCACAUAAUACUCUCAUCUUGAAUGAACUGUGUAAGAUUCAUCCGCUUAGCCCAGCAGUCAUUAGCAACAUUGCCAAUAUUAUGAGUCCACUGGAGGUUGACACACCACACUUCAUUCCUGACACGAUGGGAACCAUUAAAGAGUUUGGAGACUCUCUCAAAAGUAGUAGUUCAGCAGAGACUGAUAUGCAAAAUCGACCAAACAGCACAGAAAAGGCAUUCACAUUCGAGACAGAGAGUGUUGAAAAACUUACAAAAGAAGCAAGUAGUCAUCCAGAGAAACCACCACAGACUAAAGAGAAUACCAAGACAGAAGUUAAUCAUACACCUGCUAAUCAAUUAUCUAUUAAUCUGAAACCACUCUCAGGGCAUGAUUCAAAGGACUCAAAGUGUGAUGCAAAUUUAGAUGAAUCAGAUAGAACCAAAAAUCAUCAUGCCACGGUUGAUGGUGGAGAUGAGACAAUUGCACCAAGAAUUACCACUUCAGGGUCAUCAAGCAACCCAACAGAAAGAAACACAUUUGAUGUAGAGAGUGAGGAGGUGUCCUCAUAUGAAACCAACCCAGACUUCCUCAGAGUGUUAAGAUUACAGGAUAAUCCAUCAGCUAAUGUUUCCCCAAGGAGCACCAUGUUCAGAGCAGAGCUUGCCAAGGAAAUAUCCAAGAUGGAUAAUGAUCAAAGUGUACCUCCAGAGACUUCAACAGAACAGAGUGAGAAACGUGAUACCAUUAAAGAAAGAAUCUCUCACAAACCUCCUUUACCAUCCAACAUCCAUGUCAACAUCUCAGAACUGACUCGUGUCCCCCGUGGCAGUGUCAAGAGAAGACACAGUGAACCUCCUGCAAAGGUGUCUAAAGACAAACAAGAGGCACUGGAGAAGGCUGAAGAUGUCAGAAAUAUGAUACCUAUCAAGAACUCGUGGGAGGAGGAGGCUGAAAAUCCAAACUCACAAUUUGUGGAGGAUGGAGAGUCGAAGAUCAGGUCACAUUGGAGAGAACACAGCCAAGUAGAGGACAUGGUUUCUCCCCUGAAGAGUCGACUUCCUGAUAAAAACUUCAGUCCACCAUCAUCAUCAAAAGAGUCACCAACUCGUAGGAGAGGGAAUUCAGUGCCUGAGGUUGUUAGUCAGGAGCAACACGGGAGAAACGGAAAGAGGAGUUUGGAGGAUGCAUCUAACUUGGAACUUUCAGCUGUCUUGCCGUCUCAACGUAAGUCAAGUACCCGUAACUACUCUGAGGGUUCGGAAGUCUUCCUUAAUGAUGAUGCCAGGAACGACGAUGGCAACGAUGAUGAAGAUGAAGAUGAUGCAGUAAUUGACGACAAAGAGCAGAUCCUAACUGAGCAUGUGCAGCACAUGUCCAUGAAUGCCAUGCAAGAGUUGAACACUGUCCUCUCUCAGACCGGUGAUAUUCAUUUUGACUUUCCCUCACCAACGCUUCGUCCAGCGUCCAGAGAGCUUGAUACGGAGUCUGUUGGAUUUGAACCCGAGGCUGCUGAUUGGCUAAACCAAAGCCUUGCUGCAUCAGAAGCAAGUGACAUUACAACAAGGACAUUCUCUGCAAUGAGUAGUGAGUUGCAAAACACUCAAUCGAGUGGGCUGAGUAGUGAACGGAGUCACAGCUCAAGUACCAACUUCUCAGAAUCAGAGGGAGGGUUGCUCCAUUGGAAGAAGGGCAAUGUACUUGGCAGGGGAGCAUUUGGAGUGGUGUACUGUGGUCUAACAAACACGGGCCAACUGAUAGCUGUCAAACAGGUGGAACUGAGUGACAAGGACAACAAACAUAAAUCCAGGCAGCAGUAUGAGAAGCUACAAGAGGAAGUAGAACUGUUGAAGACAUUGAGACAUCGGAAUAUUGUAGGGUUCCUGGGUGUCUCACUUGAAGGUAGCACUGUCAACAUUUUCAUGCAGUAUAUCCCAGGAGGUUCUAUUGCCUCUCUCCUCGCUCGCUUCGGAGCUUUAGAAGAACCUGUCUUCUGUCGCUACACUAAACAGAUUCUCCAAGGAACCGAGUACCUCCAUGCCAAGAAUGUCAUCCACAGAGACAUCAAGGGAGCCAACAUCAUGCUUAUGUCUAACGGCGUUAUCAAACUGAUUGACUUUGGCUGCGCUAAGAGACUCUGCAUCAACAUUAGUCAGAGCCAGAACCUCCUGAAGUCUAUGAGAGGAACUCCUUACUGGAUGGCACCGGAAGUCAUUAUGGAAACAGGACAUGGCAAGAAAUCUGACAUAUGGAGUAUCGGCUGCACAGUGUUUGAAAUGGCAACACGGAAACCUCCUUGGUCCGAGAUGCCUCCCAUGACUGCAAUCUUUGCCAUUGGCUCAGGUGGACCAGUACCCCAGCUUCCAGAGAAAUUUUCUUGCUUUGCUCGGGAAUUUGUCAAUGCUUGUUUAACAAGAGACCAGGACGAGAGGCCAACUGCCACACAGCUCCUGACUCACAGCUUCAUCCGUAAAAGGAGGGAGAGAGGACGAGAUCGAUUUGAAACAAGAAUCUCGUCAUCCACGAUGGAGGACGCAAACAUCAAAUUCAAGGAACAAGUUAGGUCUGAGGACGACAGACACAAGACAGAGAAAAGGACAAACAAGAAGGAUCCUUUCUCUUGAUUGUUUUUCACUUUCAUUCACUAAAAUAGGUUCAAGAUAGGUCUUUGAGGAAAGAACACUUUUCUUCAUUCUUCAGAUAGGAUCUGAGGACACAAGGAAAUGUUCAAACAUAGAAUUCCUUUUGCUUUUGGUAUAAUAUUAUGUCCUUACUUCCACGAGUGACAACACAAUUUGCUGGUGACCAGAUUAUACUGGAUGAUGUCAGCAUAAUGGGGUGUCAUGUGGUCACUGAGGACAUCAGACCUUGAUCAAACAAAGGAUGUCAGACUGUGGAUCACACUGGGGACAUCAACUCAGGAUCAUACAAAGGACGUCAGACCUUGGAUCAUAGAGAGGAAGGGUUUUGCUUGGUGUCUUUUUAGAUUCCUCCGAUGGAAGGGGCAGUGACACGUUCUUGGCUUAUUCAAUGUUCAUCUGCCUGUUUGAAGUAAGUGCAAUUUGGUAAUCGCUGUAGAUCUCAGAGUCUAGUAAUGAAGAACUGAAGACAUUAUGAGCUCAUGAAAGGAGAGUCCUUUUAAUGCUUACGUGAGUUGAAGUAAUUGACAGAUGUCAGAUUAACAGAAUACCUCACUCAUGUUUUGAUAAAAAAAUCAAACAUGACUUUUGCUGUUGUAUUUUGUUGCUUGCAAAUUAACUUUUUCUAAAGUGUAAAAACUGGAAAAGAUUUCAAGGUCUGCUUGUUUUGCCGUGAAUCAUUCAUGCAGAUAUAAUCAGUAUUGUAAUUUUAACAUUGAGUGCCUAAUCUGAACCUGCCAACAUGAAAGCGUCCAACUUUUCCACACAUUUACCUUAUUUGUACAUGUAGAUACCUGCAUAUCUCACAUUUGACCAACCUCGCAGCUUGAUUCCUUCCAAAUUCCGAGAAUUGAUGGAUUCCUAUCAGAAUGUACAUUGCAUGUUGGGUGCCUUACCAAACUACAUUUACUGGUAUUUGAUAGUUUUCAUUCAGUUUAAUUGCAAUCUAUUCAAUCUCUCUAUUAAACAACUAAUGUUUUAACAAUGGUGCAUUCAGUUAUCAACCAAUGUUUUAACAAUGGUGCAUACAGUUAUUUAUACAAAGCGGUGCCUUUGAAAUUAUGUUUUUUUAUAGCAAAUCAAGAGUAAAUUAAAACUUGCAGUUUUGUCGUGGAGUUGAUAGCAAGUCCUUUCACAAAUUAUCUCACAAGUCCUUAUUAAUACAGGAGUGGUCAUAACAGAGACAGUUGACUUACGUUUAGCCUGAAAACAAGUGUUUGUAAAACAUCAAGAACUAUCAACACCCAAAUAUUACGUGUGGUAUCUAAUUUAAUAGGACUAAAAGACUGUUCAUUUGUGGGGUAGGACUAUACAUGUAGCAAUUUGUAGCAAUUUGUUGUAGUGUAGUCAAGUGGUUUUGAAAAAACCUGGUAAGUAAUCCCUUUGACAGAUUUUACAUGUACAUGUAUGGUGAUCGUUUUUGGCCUACAUGUAUUGGGGCGCAAACAAAAAAGCAGUGCUUG